AUGGACACUGUUGGAUAUAGUAAGUGGUCCAGUGGGCCCGAGGAGGUCCCCAUAGUCCUGGAGGAGCCUGGAGACGUCUAUGUUCUACUAGGGCGCUGGGGACGCUGGGAAAACUUCAGACAAAGAUCUUUCUUCCUGGCCCUGGCUCUCCUGGUGGCCACAGUCCUCUGGGCCUUCAUCCUGAGCAUUCUGACGUCAAAGGCCUCCACAGAACGCACAGCGCUGCUGAGCCACCAGGACGUGCUGAGGAUGAACGUCUCAGAGCAGAGUGUGAUGCUGGAUGCCUUGAAGGAGGAAGUUGGAACCUGCAAGAACUGCUGUUCGUGGACUGAGGCGGAGCUGCACACCGCCCUCUCCGAGCUCAGAGGGUUGCACGUGAAGCUGUUAGAUCUAAUGGGCAAUGUGAAUGAACUACAGGAGCACGUGGCCCAGGGCUUGGCUAAAGCAGACAGGGACCGUGAGGACAUCCGCACCAAGCUGUUCCAGAAACUGGAAGCUUCCAAAUGCCAGAACGGCUCCUGCGAUCAGUGUCCCACAUCAUGGCUAACUUUCCAGGGUUCUUGCUACUAUUUCUCAGAGCAAAAGGCCACGUGGAAGGUGGCCCAAAACCACUGUGCAAGCCAGGGCGCGCACCUGGUGGUCAUCAGGGACCUGGAAGAACAGGACUUCCUGAAUAAGCACACUCGUGGCCAGGGGUACUGGCUGGGCCUCAGGGCUGUGCGCCUCCAGGGCAAGAUUCAGGGCUACAAGUGGUUGGAUGGAGUCUCGCUCACCUUCAGCCACUGGAACACAGGAGAACCCAACGACUCUCGCGGUCAGGAGGACUGUGUCAUGAUGCUGCCCUCGGGGCUGUGGAACGAUGCGCCAUGUAGCAGCGAGAAGGACAGCUGGAUCUGCAAGAAGAGGGUUAACUGCUGACCCUGCCCAGUGUCCCAGAGCCACGCCCACUGCUGAGAGACACGCCCACCACCCGGAGCUGCUUCACUGUCUGGAGCCACGCCCACUAUCCAGAGUCCUGCCCAUUGUGCAGGGACAUGCCCUGUGUCCAGAGCCACUUCCACCAUGCAGGGCCACACCCCCUGCCAAAACCAUGCCUACUGC